UCGAAUCGAGUUCGUCUAGUGUGCGGACGUGUGCCUUCGCCACUCCUACACUGAAAUAUAUAGUGCAAAUCACAUUGAUUGAAAGACCGAUCGCAGAGUGUCCUCAGUUUUCGGACUACCGACUGUGCAAAGUGGAAAAGUGCGAGUUUUGGGAAACUGAAUUAAAACAGUUGAUGCAAGAUGCCGCCCAACGCCCAAGCCGGUGCCCAGUCCAUCUCGGACUCGCUGAUCGCAGCAGCUAGUGCCGCCGCCGACUCGGGUCAGAGCCCCACCAAGCUGCAGGAGGACUCCACCGGAGUGCUCUUCGAGUGCGAUGUGGAGACCACCGAUGGUGGACUUGUCAAGGACAUCACCGUCAUGAAGAAGGCCGAAAAGCGCCGCCUGAAGCUGGUCUGGCGCAACAUCAUCGCCUUCGGUUACCUCCAUCUGGCUGCCCUCUACGGAGCCUACCUAAUGGUCACUUCCGCCAAGUGGCAGACCGUCAUCACCGCUUAUCUACUUUAUGUCGUUUCUGGCCUGGGUAUUACCGCCGGUGCCCAUCGUCUUUGGGCGCAUCGCUCCUACAAGGCCAAGUGGCCACUGCGAGUGAUUCUGAUCAUCUUCAACACGAUCGCCUUCCAGGAUGCCGCCUACCACUGGGCCCGUGACCAUCGCGUCCACCACAAAUACUCAGAGACUGAUGCCGAUCCACACAACGCCACCCGUGGUUUCUUCUUCUCGCACGUCGGCUGGCUGCUGUGCAAGAAGCACCCGGAGGUGAAAGCCAAGGGCAAGGGUGUCGAUCUAUCCGAUCUGCGCGCCGAUCCUAUCCUCAUGUUCCAGAAGAAAUACUACAUGCUUUUGAUGCCAAUUGCUUGCUUCAUUAUCCCGACCGUGGUGCCCAUGUACGCCUGGGGCGAAUCGUUCGUGAAUGCCUGGUUUGUGGCCACCAUGUUCCGCUGGUGUUUCAUCCUGAACGUAACCUGGCUGGUGAACAGUGCUGCCCACAAGUUCGGUGGUCGUCCCUACGACAAAUUCAUCAAUCCUUCGGAGAACAUCUCGGUGGCUAUCUUGGCCUUCGGAGAGGGAUGGCAUAACUACCACCACGUCUUCCCCUGGGACUACAAGACGGCCGAGUUCGGAAAAUACUCGCUAAACUUCACUACCGGCUUCAUUGAUUUCUUCGCCAAGAUCGGCUGGGCCUACGACCUCAAGACGGUGUCCACGGACAUCAUCAAGAAGCGAGUAAAGCGUACCGGUGACGGCACUCACGCCACGUGGGGAUGGGGUGAUGUAGACCAGCCCAAGGAGGAGAUUGAGGAUGCUGUCAUUACACACAAAAAGAGCGAAUAGGCAGGUUGAGCGUAGGGCCAAUCAUGGGAGGGUUUAGCAGAAAAUCAAUCAAAUUCAAGUAAAGCAAAGAAACAUAAUUUUCCAUUUUGCAAAUGUCCGCGGAACAUAUUUCCUAACAGAGCAGAAGCCCAUUUAAUUAAUUCUAAGAUAAAGCAUUGAUGAUAACUGUUUGUUGUAUCUCGAAAACUUUAUACCGUCUGUGUUAAACGAACCAGCUCCGGAAAUGUUUUUAUUUUGCUCUCUUUUAGGAGAGACGCAAACUAACUUUGUAUUUAUACACGCAUAUAAUUGCUUAAUACCUGGAUAUUUAUGUACAAUAGAUGGCAAUCGGAGCUUUUCAUUCACUGUUAUCUCAAAAUCACUAUAAUUUGAGAGAAAUUUUCAGUUAAAAAUCUAAAAAAAAUUAUACAAAUGGAGGAAAACUUUCAGCUUCAAAGAAAAAGAAAUACCUGCAAAUGAAAGAUUUUAGUAUUUAGCGUAAGCCAAAAACAAAAAGAAUUAUCAAGGAACUAAUAUAUAAACUAUAUAAUAAACGAUCGAUGUUAGAACACUAAAA